GAAGAUGCUCUUUUACCAUUUCAUCUCUAUCCUCUUUGACAGUAUGGGCUUCUUUACUGAUGCUUACGAUCUCUUCUGGUUCUCUUUGAUCUCUAAGCUCUUUGGUCGACGAUUCUAUUUCUGCAACCAGUUUUUAGUUCCUAUUAUUAAAUCAGAACUAGUCUUGUCUUCGACAGAAAAAGGAAAAUGUAAUAAAACUGUUGAUUACAUUUUGUAUUGCUCCAGUAAAGUUACGGUGCAAAUUAAAAUAUUUUAUAAAUGGUGUGUUUAUAUUGCGUAUGGAUUGUGGAAUUGUUUGGUGGGUUUAAUCUUACGAUUAGAUGUUUGUGUUAUUUGUGUAUGUAUGCUUGUGUAUAAAUAGGAGAGUUUUGAACCUGUCUUUGUAAGACAUUCACAUAAAAACAUAUACUCUUGCGUUUCGUUUCUUUGUUGCAUAUCGAAAAUAUCAAUAACGGAAUAAUAUUUUAUGUUUUUGUUGAUCUUUUAUAUGCAAGUAUCAUGAUUUGGUUUGAACGGAACUGAACUCGAACGGUGUAUAACGUAAAAGCAGGUGAAAGGUGAACAAAACGGACAUUUUGAGCUUCAGAAAACGGUCUUCGUGUGUCCCACACACCCAAAAGACCAAACUCUUUCGAAAAUUAAUUAGUAGUUUUUAAUUAAUACAAUAAUAUACUCUCUCCCUUCCUAAAAAAUAGAUUUUUUAGUGUUUUUACACAUACUAAAAAAACACAUUAAAUCACUAUAGUCAAUUUAUUUGUAAUUUUCAACAACUUUUAACCAAUAAUAAUCUAAUAAAACUAAUUAAUUUUGGGGAAAUUAUACAUUUACACUUUGUUGAGUACCCCUUUUCAAAUUUACACUCAGGAGGAGGACAUUUUCACAAAUACCUAAUUGUUUAGUAGCCGAAAGACAAUAAUAACCCUCGCAAUUUUAACCUUUUCUCUCGAAUCUCUCUAGCUCGCCAUCGAAGGCGACGAGAUUACAGAGCUACGACGGCGAUUCUAGCAACGGCGACGACAAAAGGUCUUCUCUCUCACUAGUCACGCCGUCUCUCUGGAAAGAGCAUCCGGUGACGACGAAUAACAAUCAGACUAUACGAUUCAAAAUUUCAUCUCAAAAAAUGUCGUCUACUCCUCACGAUUCUCCUCUACACGAUUCUCCUAUACACGAUUCUCCUCUUCACGAUUCUCCUAUUCAUGAUUCUUAUCUUCACGAUUCUCUACAAUUGGAUAGCAACGAGUUUUGCACAACCUUGAAAUUGCCUGGGAGGGUUUAUGAAGCUGUAGAAACACCAGAUAAUCCCAAAGCGAUAAUCCAUCACUCAAAGAUUGAUUAUAUCGAGAAGGUGGAAGAUAUAUUAGGAAAAGAAGAGUUUUCUUUCAUAGAGAACUCUCACAUUGGGAGCAUUUUGAAGUUGGUUAAAAGGAAUAGGGUUCAAUUUUCAGAAGAGUUGUUCCAUUUUCUAAUGCAGCGAAGAGUAUUGACGCAAGGAGAGGAUCUCUGGUUUACUUUCUCGGACCAGCCUAUGAGGUUUUCACUAAGGGAAUUUCAUCUGACAACAGGCUUACGUUGUGAGGAAGAUCAGACAAUAACAGAGCCGCUGUUCAAAAUAAUGAAGAAGCCAUACAUUUGGAUGCUGGGCAAGAUUGAUAAGUUUACGGUGAGAACGUUAUAUGAAAUGUUUAAAAAGAAAGCACGAAGCAUGCCAACACUAGAAAGAUUAUCCCUUGGAACAGCAAUACUCACAGAAGCGGUAAUUAUGGCAGAAAAUCCGAGUUCUAAAAUCCCGAGAGACAGGUUGCAGCGUUAUAUGAACUAUCGCUCACACAAGAUUGCUUGGGGUAAAACUGCUUAUAGAAUCUUGAUGAGAAGUGUAAAAAGUUUGAGUGCAAGUUCCUGGACAGGAGAUAGUUAUGAAGUGAGUGGUUUUGCGCUAGCCAUAAAUCUGUGGGCAAUGUCAUCAGUGAAUGUGCUUGGUAAAUCUUUGGGAAAGCCAUGCGAGACAUCCUCUUCUUCUGAUCCGUUGUGUCUACAUUGGGACUCAACAAGAACUCCGACAAUAGCUGAAGUGUUAGAGCUGGAGAAGAUAAACAAUGUUGAGGUUAGCACAGUGAUUGGAUUGGCUGAGGAAUACAAACAUUUGGUGGGGGCAACACAUAGUGACGAUGCUGACUUUCACAGUGUUGUGAAACUAGUUCAACAAGGAUACAAAAUGAGGAGAAGCGAUUGGGAGAAAGGUUUUGUGGAUAUGUUUGUUGCAACAGAAGAUAUAGGUCAACAACGCAAGACAAAAGACGAAGAUGCAGAGCAUGGUGAAGAUCUGAACCAUAAUGAAGAUGAAGAGGAAAAGAAAGAUGAAGAGGAAAAGACAGAUGAAGAGGAAAAUAAAGAUGAAGAGUAUCAAAAGGAUAAGGAGCAAAGAAAAGAUAAAAAUCAUUCCAUGUCUAACAGCGAGAAACUUGAUAAGCUAAUCCAAAUGGUUCGUGAUUUGGAUAAGCGAGUAGUAAUGAUCCAGAAUGUUUUAGGAGUUAAGUUUAACGACAGUUCACCAAACAAAGAAGAUUGUGAAAAUGGAGCUAGUUCUGGUGAUAGAAGAAGUGCACAAGAUUAUGAAAAUGAAGAAGAUACAAUUAAUGAAGAAGCAAACUCUGAUGAUAAAAAAAAUGCACCAGAUGAUGAAAAUGAAGAAGAUACAAUUGCUGAAGCAGCAAACUCUGAAGAUACAAUUGCUGAAGAAGCAAACUCUGGCGAUGGAAGAAGUGCACUGGAUGAUGAAAAUGAAAAAGAGAUAUGUGAUGAAGAAGCAAAAUCUGGUACAGAGCAUCAAAGGGAAGAAGAGAAUAUUCUUGGGGAAAUUGAGACUACACAAAAAAUCACUCAAGACGAAGACACAGAAAAACUUGAAUCAGAAAGUUGCUUGAAACAAACGUCGCAGGUUACGUCGCCUACUCCAACAUUCAAUACUCCAAACUUUGAUACAAGGGUUUCAUCGCCUAAUCCAACAUUUACGUCUCCUAAGUUUGAUCUCCUUUCCCAAGAAAGUCAUAGUGGAAAGGGUACAAAUGAGGUUCUUAUGAGAGAUGUUUAUGAGAUUCCUGUUUUCCAACCUCUAAUGAAAAUAAAAAAGAGAUUGGUACAACAACACAGCCAGGUAAACGAAGAUGUUGAGCCUCCACUUCAAAAGAAGUUUAAAGCUGAUACAGAUAAUGUUCCGCUAAGAAGAAGUGAAAGAGGUCAAAUACCAUCCAUUCAUACACAACCACCGUUUACAGGAGCAAGGAAGAAACAUCCGAUUCUUCAUCCCUUUGAGCCAGUUGAUAAAACAAGAAAAGAAAAAAUGAGAGAAUGGAAAAUGUCAAACAAAAGAAAGAAGCUGAGAAUCAAUCAAGAGAUAGUAAACGCAAAGUGGUUUUCGGAUAUUGAAACUCCGGGAAAAAAACUUUCAAAAACGCAUAUUGAAGCAGGUUUUGAGUUGCUGAAACUGAGACAGAUAAACAAUCCAGAUUUGUUUCUGAACAAAACUGCCUUAGUUGUUGGAGUGAAGUUUCUUGAAGAAAUAGAUGAGUUUUAUGAUGAGUUUUUAGAUGACAAGAAAGGUUUCCAAUUUGGAGCAGGCUUUGACAAGUACAACAUAGAGAAGAAUAUCAACUUCCUCUAUUCGGCCAUUGCAGUAGCAGAGAAGUAUUGGCUUGGAGUUGUAAUCAACUUGGAGAAGAGAAAUAUCACAGCAUUCAAUUGUGCAGCAAUGAAGUUCACAGAUGCGAGUUUGGUCCCUUACGUUAAUGCAUAUGCGAUGGCUCUCCCAUUCAUGAUUCGCUACUUCUUCAAAGAUGUCAGCAUGGAUACAAGCAAGUUCUCGAUAAAAAUUGUAUCUGAAGGUUCUUAAAAUAGAAGACAGUGGAGUUUAUGCAUUGAAGCUGAUAGAGUGCCAUGCAAUGCGUAUAGUGGAUUUGACAAAGCUGAGUGAAGAAAAAAUUGCAAUCAUCCGAGAAAAGUUGGCGGUUGAUAUCUUCUCGGAAUUACAAUGAAUACUAAUGUGGGAAUGAACAAAAACUUUAUAGCUUGCUUAUAGUUAUGUGUGAACAACUAUCUGUUUUAUGCGUGUUUGGUAAACUUUGUUUGUAGAAUUCUGAGUAUUAUGAGUUUAUGACUUGGAUUUAUGGUUUUCCUU